UGGCAAUCAGAAACUAGAAAAAAAAUCUGUGUUGUGCGCGCCCUUGUUGUUUUGCGCAACGACGAAUCUGCGGAAUUCGGCCAAAUUGAUGCCAAUUUUCUCGGCGACGAACGACAAACGGACUUUGGAUCGUCGGCCGAGAUCGUGGUGAGGCGUUCGCGGCAUUCGGCUGCCGAAAAGUGAGCCGCCCGACGCCGACAACCAAGCGUCGCUUUCGGCACUCACGUGUUUUUGCCAUUGUUGGCUCGGCGAACCAACUUUCGAUUAUUUGAGUUUAAGCUCGAGAUGUUCAACAAACAAGCGUUCGGCUCGACGCCCUCGACCUCCACCUUCGGUGGAUUCGGGACGGCGACGACGGCGACGACGCCCUUCGGCCAGUCGUUCAACAAACCGGCCACGGGGGCGCCGGGAUUCCAGUCGACGGGGUUCGCCCCCGGCGGCGGCUCUCUUUUCGGGACCACCCCCGCCGCCACCAGCACCGGCCUCUUCGGGGCCUCGCAGCCCCAGCAGCCCGCCUUUGGCCAGCAGCAGUCCCAGCAACAGUCGGCCUUCUCAGGGUUCAACUCAGGCGGCGGCUCGUCCCUCUUCGGCAGCACCGCCAGCACCAGCUUCGCGCAGCCCAAACCGACCUUCGGGGGCUUCGGGGCGCCGACCCAGUCCUCAGGGCUCUUCGGCAGCCAACCGGCGGUGUCCACGGCCACCUCGGGCUCCGCCAUGUUCAGCGGCCAGACCUCGGCCGGCCUCUUCGGGAGCUCAGGAUUUGGGACGACAAACAGCAAUGUGGUGGGGACGCCGAUCAAGUUCAAUCCCCUGGCGGGGACGGACACGAUGGUCAAGAAUAACCAAACCACCACGAUCAGCACUCGGCACCAGUGCAUCACGUGCAUGAAGGAGUACGAGAACAAGUCGCUGGAGGAGCUGCGCAUAGAGGACCUGCAGGCGGGCCGCAAGGGACCCCAGCAGGGAGCUGUCAUGUUCGGAGGCACAGCCCAACCCCAGCAGUCAUCCCUAUUCGGGGCAUCUCCCCUCGGCCAGCCUUCUACCUCAUUUGGUGAAAACAAGUCUCUCUUCGGAGCCACGUCAACGGCCAACACCGGCCUUAGCAACUUUGGCAACGCCGCCCCUGCCUUCGGAGCGACCGGCCAAACCGGUUCUGGCCUGUUCGGGAAGCCGUCGGCCUUUGGGGCGCCGGCCUCUUCGGCCGCCACCGGCUUCUCCUUCUCCGGCAGCAACAACAACGCCGCCGCCAACAAUCCGUUCGGAGGCGCCGCCGCCCAGAAGCCCUUCGGCGCCCCCGCCACCAACACCAUGUUCGGCGCGCAGCCGACCUCCCUGUUCGGCGCCACCCCCACCACCAACACGGGCUUCAGCUCUUUCGGCGUCCAGCCCCAGCAACAACCCCAGCAGCAGAUCGGCCUCUUCGGCCAGGCCAAGCCGGCGGCCACGCCCUUCGGCAUGGCCGCCCCCCAGCCCACCUCACAGACGUCCUUCGGCUUUGGACAAAACACGGCUACAAACACCACCACCGGUCUGUUUGGAAACAAGCCUGCCCUGGGCACUGGACUCACCACUGGGUUCGGUGGCGCCACGAGCAGCCCCUUCGGCGCCAAGCCCCUCGGGACCAGCACGGCCCCCGCCUUUGGCACCUCCUUCCAGCAGCAGCCGGCCACCUCCCUCGGGGGCGGCUCCACCCUCUUCGGCCAGACCAAGCAGGCGGCGCCCACCUUCGGCUUCGGGGGGCAGCAGCAGCAGGGGGCCUUCGGCCUCAACGCCAAUCCCUUCGGGGCCAAGCCGGCCGCCCCCACCAACCUCUUCGGCAACACCGCCUCCGGAGGCGGCCUCUUCGGCAACACGACCACCACCUCGAGCAACCUGUUCGGCAACACCGGCGCCUUCGGGGGCGGCUCGGGCCUCACCCUCGGCCAGACCCCCUCCUUCACCGCCAACAAGCCCUUCGGGGGCUUCGGCGGCGCCACCCUCGGGGGUCAGCAGGCCCAGGCGGCGCCACAGAGCCAGGCCGCCCACCAGAACAUCAUGAACCUCACCUCCUACCCCUACGGAGACCAACCCCUCUUCCGCAACCUGGGGCCGGACAAGGUGGAGGAGUUGCGGCUGAAGGCGACGAACCCUGCGGCGCAGAAGGCGGCGAUCGCGCAGUCGCCGUCGUUCAGCGUGUCUUCCAAGUCGUCACCGCGGCUGGCCGUGAAGCCGCCCUCGGCCACGCCGGCCAAGUCGUCGCUGUUUGAGGGGCUCGAGGGCAGCAGCCCCUUUUCGCCCUACAAGAGCCUGGCCGCGGCCAUCACGCCCAAGAGCAGCAUCAAACUGCUCAAGCUGCGCCCCGACCCCUCUAACCUCACCCCCGGCAACCAACCCUCACAGUCCACCCCUCUCAGGGCAGCCAGCAGCAAGUUCAGGGACAUCCUGCCCGCGGCCACGCCCCCCUCUUCGACGCCCAGGGGCUCUGCCGGCAAAAGCGACAACGGAAACAAGGAGAACGAAUUGUCAGACGAACUGUCCGAAACGCUGGCAGACGUGAGGCCGGCCCGGAAGUUGGCCCUGGAAGAGAGUCAGGGUCCGCUGAACGCCACAGACGCGUCCAUCUGCCUCUCAGACAUUAGCGAAGUGGGCGAGGAGGAGGCGCCGAGCGAGGAGCCGCACCCUGCCGGAAUCGUGCUGAGGAGGGCCGGCUACUACACCAUCCCCUCCCUGCACGAGUUGGCCAAGCUGUUCGAGGAGACGGGCGAGUGCAAGGUGCCCAGUUUCCUCGUCGGCCGCUCCAACUACGGCAACAUCUUCUUCGACGAGCCCAUGGACGUCGCCGGCCUCAACCUCGACGACAUUGUUCACAUCAGGCACCGCGAGGUGGUGGUUUAUCCGAACGACGAGGAGAAACCGGCCCUGGGCCAGGGUCUGAACCGCAGGGCGCAGGUCACCCUGGACCGCAUCUACCCUGUCAACAAGCAGACGAGAGCGCCCAUCCGCGACCCCGAGACCAUCCUCAACAUGGACUACGACUCCACCCUGCGCAGGGCCUGCGUCCGCAUGAAGGCGCGCUUCGUCGACUACCGCCCUGACAACGGCUCCUGGGUCUUCAAGGUGGACCACUUUUCCAAAUACGGGUUGCCAGACGAGUCGGACGACGAUGACGAGAUGCUCGAGCCUGGCAAACCUGUGGCUCAGGCACCUCCGAAGCCCCCGGCAGUCCAACCUGCCCAGCAGCCCCCUGCAGCACCGCCCAAGCAGCACACCCUCUCAGAUUCACAUGUCCUUUUCAACACUUCCGUCAACAUGACCAACCUCGAGACCAUGGACGAAGAUUAUCUUGAGAUUUUGUCUCCGAACGAGCAAAUGCCGCGCCUGACCGGAAUGGACACAAGCAAAAUCCGCCUGAUGAAGGCGUCCCUGUUUGAGAACGAAGACUCGGUUUACGGCGACGAGAAGAUGGUCGAGGACGAGUUUCAUUUCGAGAAACCCGCGUCGCCGAGUUUCGCGGCGGAGGAGUUGGAGGUGGCCCUCCCGGAGAGGGAGGCGCGACCCAGCCGGCCCCACCAGCGACCCACCAUCGUCACCCCCAGGGCGAUGCCCUUCCCCCCGAAACUGCCCACAAACAUGGAGGGUUGCGCGGCCGACUCGGCUCUGUUCCAUGGCCGGUGCGCACAGACCAGCUGGACGUCCGGCGGCGCCCUCGUCGCCACCCACGACCAACUCGUCUCCCUCACCUGCCCCUACCUCGCCAGCAACACCAACAAGGCGCUGGUGGAGGAGCAGCUUUUGGUGCAGCUGCAGUUGUCGCGUUGCGAGGCUGCAGAGGGGGAGGAGAAGGGGUGGGAGGUGCCUCGGUGGAGUCCGCGCGAGGGCGGCGACCUGCUGGUGGCGCACAGCACGUGGGCGAGGGGCCGGAGGGGGGCGGGGGGCCGCAAGGAGCGCAUGGUGCGGCAGGUGCUGCUGCUGUGCCACACCCUGUGGGGCGACUCGGCCCCCCAGGGGACCUCCGAGGGGGCCCCGACGAGGGCCCUGGAGGCGCACGCGCGGCGCAAGGGCGUGUGCGAGUGGCUGGAGGGGGUGGUGCGCGAGGAGGAGGCCGCCGAGCCAUCCCUCCCGACGCACACCCCCGAGCACGCCCUGCUCGCCACCCUGGCCCAGGGCAGGCUGCUCGAGGCCGUCCAGGCCUGUCAGCGCGUCGGCGACCACUACCUGGCCCUCACCGUCGCCUCCUCCGGCGCCAGUCCCUACCCCAGGCACAUGGUCCUGACUCAGCUGGAGGAGUGGGUGUCCGUGGGCGCAUCGCACCUGGUGAACGGAGAGCGCCUGCGCGCCUGGCUGCUGUGCGGCGCGGGGGCUGCGUCGCUGGUGCGGGAGGAAGGGGAGGGCGCGUUGAACGCUUUGGAGGGGUUGCCGUGGUGGGCGUGCCUGGCUGCGCACGCGUGGUUCCUCGGCAGCCCCGCGGCCAGCGUGCCCGACGUGCUGGCCAAGUACGAGGCGGCCGUCGACGCCCGCCUGGCCGCCGCCCCCCUCCCCCCUGACGGCGCCCACCCCCACCGCGACCUUCGCUUCCACCUGCUCAAGCUCUUCGCGCAACGCACCUACCCCCUGGAGCCCCUUCUCGCCGUCGAAACGCACUUCCCCGACGCGCCCCUCGACUUCUCACUCAGCUGGUUGUUGAUGGGGCUGCUGGAGUCGCUGCACUACACGCACGUGAGCUCGCACUGCUCGCAGAACCUGCACCUGCUGUUUGCCGAGCAGCUCGAGGCCGUCGGCCUGUGGCACUGGGCCGUCUUCGUCCUGCAGCACCUCGCCAGUCCCGCCGCGAGGUCAAGCGCCGUCGAGAAGGUCAUCGUGCGCCACGUGGUGCCUGACCCGACCUGCCCCCCGAAGACCCUGACCCAGCGCGAGCUCUUCCUCGUCGACAAGCUCGGCAUUCCCGCCAAAAUCAUCUACAGCGCCAAGGCCACCCACUGCAAAGGCUCAAACAGGCACGUCGAUUUGGCGUUUUACCAUUUGUACGCUGAGGAGUGGAACGAGUGCUACCAGACAGUGAUUUCCCACCUGGCUGCAGACGCCGUCAUCAAUGACGAGUGGCGCGAAGUGCGCGAGUUGCUGCGGGAGUUGCAGGCGCACUCGCACGAGAUCGACGAGUGGCACGACCAGGGCCAGGUCGUGUUGACCUUCCUGACCCUGAGCGACGAGUUGGCCUCGCUGCGGUUCUCGUCCGAGGGCCGGGUGGGGGGCGUGGCCCCCAGGGUGGCCGCCCUGCACAACCACCUGCGCCUCAUGCCCUGCGCCUCCCCCAAGCACAGGCUGUGCCGGUCCGAGAUGGCGUUGAAACUGCAGGAGUUGCUGCGCGCCCUCGUCCCUCCCUCGGACCAGCCCCGGCUCAACGACCUGGACCAGGCGAUGAAGCAGUUUGUGCUCCGCAACGACGACCCUCCCUCCGCAGCCGCAAACUGACUCGCCUCUCUCCUUCAAAGUGAAUCCAAGUCGGGACAGUUUUUCGGAGGCAAAAGUGAAAAGACGAAUAUUAAAUUUAAAUAAUAAAAAGAUUCCAUUGAAAAUGUAUUUUUGUAAGAAAGAAAGAAAUUUGUUCCUUGUAUUAUUCUGUGCGCCGAGGUCUGUGUCACCUGCGGUUAAUUUCCAGUUAAAUAAAACAAUCCAUUACUCUUUGAA